AUGGCUUUGAAGGAGGCGGGCGGCAGCAUCCUGCCCAUCAGCGACAUGGUACCAUCCGGGGCCCCGGUCGGCAGGAGAUCGCCGAUUCCCGAGUGGUGGAGCUGAAUCGUGGGAGGCCAGGUGUACGUGACGAGGCACUCCAGACUGCUCAGCGUCCCGGACGCACGCUGGCCUACCAUUGUCUCCCGGUGCCGGGGCGGCCGCGGCGGCGGCCGCCAGCUGCCCAGGGACAGCCGGGCACGCUUCUUCAUCGACCGCGACGGCUUCCUCUUCAGGUACGUGCUGGAUUACCUGCGGGACAAGCAGCUGGCGCUGCCCGAGCACUUCCCCGAGAAGGAGCGGCUCCUGCGGGAGGCCGAAUACUUCCAGCUGGGCGACCUGGUGAAGCUGCUGUCGCCCAAGGUCACCAAGCAGAGCUCGCUCAACGACGAGGGCUGCCAGAGUGACCUGGAGGAUAGCAAUUCGCAGGGCAGCAGCGACCGGCUUCAGCGGGCGGCGCUGGACAAGCGCUCGGGCCGCCCCCCCGAGAAGUACACCUCCCGCUUCUACCUCAAAUUCACCUACCUGGAGCAAGCUUUCGACCGGCUCUCCGAGGCGGGUUUCCACAUGGUGGCUUGCAACUCCACCGGCACCGCCGCCUUCAUCAACCAGUACAGGGACGACAAGAUCUGGAGCAGCUACACCGAGUACAUCUUCUUCAGGCCCCCCCAGCGAACCGUUUCCCCAAAACAAGACCAUGAAGAAAGAAAACAUGACAAAGUCUUGGACAAGGGCAGUGAAAGUGGGACUUCCUGUAAUGAGUUGUCCACCUCAAGCUGUGACAGCCACUCGGAAGCCAGCACCCCUCAAGAAAACGCCACCAGCACUCAACCAUCCACAGCCCACCAGCCAAAUACUCUGACUUUGGAUCGUCCAUCUAAGAAGGCCCCAGUACAGUGGAUGCCACCUCCAGACAAACGCAGGAACAGUGAACUCUUUCAAACUCUCAUUAGCAAGUCCAGAGAAACAAAUCUUUCCAAAAAGAAGGUGUGUGAGAAGCUGAGUGUUGAGGAAGAAAUGAGAAAAUGUAUCCAAGAUUUUAAAAAAAUCCACAUUCCAGAUUACUUUCCAGAGCGCAAACGUCCCUGGCAAUCCGAACUCUUACAGAAAUAUGGGUUAUAGUGAUCAACUCUUUCAUGACAUAUCUCUGGGGCAUUUGAUGUUUAUUACAUUGCCACUAACUUACUGAUGUCCUCCUUCUGGCCAACUCUGCCACCAGAGCUAUUCCUGCUGCUUAUAUCUUUCUGUGAACAGUGGAUGUUGGAUAGUACAUGUUUUUCUUUAAAAAUAUAUAUAAAAAGAUAGAAACUUAAAAAAUGCAAGAGACAUCUCAUCUAAACCACUUCAUAAUAGCAAAGAAAAAAGUGCAUGGUUAAGAAAGAUGGUUUUCUAACUGUAGUCAGUUGGGCUUCAUUAUUGUUUUGGAACUUACCAAAUAAAAAUCUCAAUCAUCAGUUAACAUCUCAUUUUAUGUCACCAAUAAAGAUGACUCAGACUUACUAAGGAUGAAGAGAAACAGGGUUUAAAAUUCAAUUGAACAGAUUUUGGAACUAAUUCUCAACAUUCUCUCAAUGUUAAUGCAAUAAAGCAAAUACCUAUUUUGCAUGAGCACAAUGUUACAAAUAAAUCACACAAGAACAAGAGGUUGUCUGUUGCUUGGAGAACUAUUUGUUUGAUACCAAGCCUAUAAACGUAAAACGUCUAAGGGAUUGAAUUUACUUUGUUCUGGACCUGUGAUUUUUUUGUGUGUACAGUGUUCUGUAUGUAAGGAUGGUGUAAAUAUGCCUUAUAUUGUUUUAUUAUUGCACCAAUAACGUUCAUCUAUUAGUGCUUGUCAGGAUUAUUUCUGUGAAAUGCGAAUUUACGGCAGAUUGUGAAAACUGGUUUGAUGGUCUGAAAGUUUUUAUGUUAAUCGCUAAAAAUGGAGAAAAAUAAAAGAGACUUUAAUGUAUUUAUUAAAAGAACCAUCUGGUAGA